AUGCCGCUCAACAUGCUACUUGCUGCGUUGAGAGACCUGCAGAGGUGUGGGGAGAUCGUGUGCGAGUUCCUGGAACCUUCCUUGUGCGUGCAGCUCAUGUCUCGCCCCAAGAGUCUCUCCUCUCUAGCUGCAUCCAUCUGCCACCGACUGGCGGCUGUUGAGCGAUCAACGGUGGGCAAGCUUGAUGCCAUUCAAUUCCUCCGCAGUGACAUCAAAGUGUUUCUGCGCUGCCAACAAGCCAAUCCCGAUGCGCCACCUGUCAACGCGCGAGCCGUUUCCCGCAUCCUCCACGGCCUGACCAGCCCGGCCUUCCCGGCUUCUGAUUGUAGCCGCGGCGCGAGGGAAUUUGUGGCAUCCCUCCUGCCGCAAUUCAAAGAGGGCAAUCCGCAGCUGGCAGUAGAGGCCGUUGUUAACAGGGGCAAGCACCCAAACCUGCAUGCACAAUACGUGAACGGGAGGGAGAGGGUGGUGGAUGUGAAGAAUCAGGAGGCAGAGACCAUUCUCAUCCAGGCUUUAAGGCUGCGGAACUCCACGGGGCGAAAGGUGGUCAAGUUGAAGUCGCGGCACGAAUCAACACGGCCCAGCAUCCAAGGCAUGUGGACUCCGGAGCUUCAGGCGCAGCUGAGAUCACAAGCAACAGCAUAA